AUGCUCUCCAAGAAAAAUCCCCCUCAGACUCCCUCGGGUGCUUUUACUCGUUAUCGAGCUGCAAAAGCAUCCAUGAGCAGGCCGAAGCGCAAUGUCAGAGAUAGCUCUAGCUCCGGCAGUUCUAGGCGCAUAGAGAUAGAACCCCGGCGAAGACCGGCGUGUCCUCCAGAUGUAUCCUCUCCAAAACCAUCAACAUCACCCGUCGUCCUCAUCCAUGUCGGUAAAGAAAAUCGCCUCUUCGCAGCACAUGAAAACAUCCUCUCCGCAUCCCCAUUCUUCGCCCAACACUGCCAAUCGCAGACCCCCUCCCCACCCUCCCGCGCACACCCACACAUCCAAUCCCCAGGAAAACGAAUCAACCUCCCAAACGAACAACCCGAAGUCCUCUCCUGCGUACUAGAGUACCUCUACAAAGGCGACUACUACCCGCGACUAAGACACAAUGCACGACGCAAGGCGUGGGAAUUAGAAGACGACAAAGAUGACGAUGGAACAAGCGCAGGCGCAACGCUCUUCCACACUGAAGUCGGAGAAGUUAUCUUGAGAGAUACGGCUAUAUAUUGCGCGGCUGAGAAAUUCAAUCUCCCGGCUCUACAGCGUCUUGCGCUUCGGAAACAGGGUCUUCAUACUGGUAUCACGGUGAAUACUAUUCUGGCGAGUGCGCGGUAUGCAUAUGCGCAUACACCUGAUACGGAGUCGAAGCUGCGGGCGCAUUAUCUUGCACUGAUUAUCCGGUGUCGGGGGACAUUUAAGCGGAGUGGGACUAUGCAGAUGGAGAUGGAACGGGGUGGGAAGUUGUUUUUUGAUUUGUUUGUUGCUAUGUGUAAUCAUAUGGUAAGUUUCUUUUUGGCUUCGGUAGAUUAUCUGUGA